AUGGGAGCGGGAUCGGCGCGGGGGGCCCGAGGCACAGCGGCGGCGGCGGCGGCGGCGCAAGGGGGGGGGUUUCUCUGCACCUGGAUCUUAGUCUCGCUCGCCUGUCACCUGACCUCCACCCAAGGAGUUCCUGAAGAUGUGGACGUCCUCCAGCGGCUGGGCCUCAGCUGGACGAAGGCAGCGGGCGGCCGGAGCCCCCCGCCCCCGGGGGUCAUCCCGUUCCAGACGGGCUUCAUCUUCACGCAGCGGGCCCGGCUCCAGGCUCCCACGGCCGCUGUUGUCCCUGCCGCCCUGGGCACGGAGCUGGCGCUGGUGCUCAGCCUCUGCUCCCACCGGGUGAACCAUGCCUUCCUCUUCGCUGUCCGCAGCCGGAAGCGCAAGCUGCAGCUGGGCCUGCAGUUCCUCCCUGGCAAGACUGUGGUCCACCUGGGGCCCCGGCGCUCCGUGGCCUUCGACCUCGACGUCCAUGACGGGCGCUGGCACCACCUGGCCCUGGAGCUCCGUGGCCGCACAGUCACCCUGGUGACAGCCUGCGGGCAGCGCCGGGUGCCCAUCUUGCUGCCUUUCCACAGGGACCCAGCGCUCGACCCUGACGGCUUGUUCCUCUUUGGGAAGAUGAGCCCGCAGGCGGUCCAGUUCGAGGGGGCCCUGUGCCAGUUCAGUAUCUACCCCGUGGCGCAGGUCGCUCAUAAUUACUGUACCCACCUGAGAAAGCAGUGUGGACAGGCUGACACCUACCGGCCUCAGCUGGGACCCUUCUUCCCCCGAGACUCUGGCACACCCCUCAUCUUCCAGAGCGAUCCCGCCCAGCUGGGCCUGGAGAACCUGACCACUGCCAUGCCAGCCCUGGGGUCACGGCCGGCAGGCAGGGGGCCUGGGGUGACCGUGGUGCCUGCCAUGCCCAUCAAGCCCACGAGGACUAGCACCACAGGCCCGCCCCAGCCCAUCACAUCCCAUCCAACCUGGACCCCCCUGCCCUCCUCCAAGCUAUCAGCCAGUGAAGGGCCACCUCCCGUAUCCCCGGUCCCUCCCGCCAGCUCCCCCAGACCUGUCCAGCCAUUGCAGAAGAACACAGCCACCAAGACCCCCAAGAGUCACCCCGCCACACCGUCAGCCCUUUCUCCUUCAAUUGCCCCGGUCAGAAGCUCCUGCCCCACCCAGAAGACAGCUCUGCCUGCCUUCAUAAAGCCAGCCUCACCCACCAAGAAGCUGGUGCCACCUACUUCCCAGCCCAUUCCUGCCAAAGUCUCCCGUCCCACAGCAAAGCCGAUCCAGAGGAACUCCAGCAUGCCCAGAUUCCCGCCACCCAGUGCCCAGCCCCUACCUCCAGCUGCUGGCUCCUCUAAAAAGCCUUUGCCCCCAGUGGUCCGGGCUGAGGCCAAGAUGAGUAGUCGUGCCAGUGAGCCAGCUCCUGCCCGCACCAGCACACACAGACCUCCCCCACCCACAGUCCCGCCCUCAUCACCUGUCCCCAGUCCUAGCCCUCCCAGGACCGCUCGGCCACUGGCCACAGCGAUGCCUCCCACCCUUGCUCCUGGUUCAGCCUCCACUGGAAGCAAGAAACCCACUGGAUCAGAAGCCACAAAGAAAGCCAGACCCCGGAAGCCCGUCCCAUUCAGAUCCGGGAAGGCAGCCCGAGAUGUCUUGCUAAACGAUCCGACAAGGGAGUCCAGCCCCAGGCAGCCCCGGGCCAGGCAGCAGACCACCCCGGCCCAAGCGCUGGCCCCGGCGCGAUUCCUGUCCUCCAGCCCCCAGCCCAUGAGUACUGGCUAUUCGUUCUUCCACUUGGUGGGACCCACACCUUUCCUGCUGCUGAUCGGACCUCCGGGACCCAAGGGAGACUGUGGUUUGCCGGGUCCCCCUGGACUGCCUGGGCUUCCUGGACCCCCUGGUGCACGGGGUCCUCGGGGUCCUCCUGGGCCUUAUGGAAAUCCAGGCCUCCCUGGCCCCCCUGGAGCCAAAGGACAGAAAGGGGACCCCGGGCUCUCACCAGGAAAGGCCCACGAUGGGGCAAAGGGCACCAUGGGCUUGCCCGGGCUCACUGGGAAUCCAGGACCCCUUGGACGAAAGGGACAGAAGGGUUAUCCUGGACCGACGGGGCACCCCGGAGAACAGGGGCAGCCGGGACCCGAGGGUAGCCCAGGGGCCAAAGGUUACCCUGGCAGGCAGGGGCUGCCCGGACCCAUAGGAGACCCUGGGCCCAAAGGCAGCCGGGGCUACAUUGGACUCCCGGGGCUCUUCGGCCUGCCAGGGUCCGAUGGCGAGCGAGGCCUGCCUGGCGUUCCUGGCAAGAGGGGCAAGAUGGGUAGGCCGGGGUUUCCUGGAGACUUUGGGGAAAGAGGCCCUCCAGGACUGGAUGGAAACCCUGGAGAACUGGGCCUGCCAGGGCCCCCAGGAGUCCCCGGCCUCAUCGGCGACAUGGGAACAUUGGGUCCGAUUGGCUACCCAGGACCCAAGGGCAUGAAGGGACUGAUGGGAAACGUGGGGGAACCCGGACUGAAAGGUGAUAAGGGUGAACAAGGGCUUCCCGGUGUGUCAGGAGAUGCCGGAUUCCAAGGAGACAAGGGAAGCCAGGGCUUGCCAGGGUUCCCAGGUGCACGGGGGAAGCCAGGGCCUGUGGGCAAAGUUGGAGACAAAGGAUCCAUUGGGUUUCCUGGGCCCCCGGGACCUGAGGGAUUCCCUGGAGACAUUGGCCCCCCCGGGGACAACGGCCCAGAAGGCGUGAAGGGUAAGCCUGGAGCUCGAGGCCUGCCAGGACCCCGUGGGCAGCUGGGGCCCGAGGGAGAUGAGGGGCCCAUGGGGCCACCAGGGGCCCCUGGCUUGGAGGGUCAGCCCGGCAGGAAGGGGUUUCCUGGAAGACCUGGCCCAGAUGGCUUGAAGGGCGAGCCAGGCGAUCCUGGAAGGCCGGGGCCCGUGGGCGAGCAGGGACUUCUGGGAUUCAUUGGUCUGGUCGGAGAGCCAGGAAUCAUGGGAGAAAAGGGUGACCGGGGCAUGAUGGGACCCCCAGGCGCGCCCGGACCCAAGGGGUCGAUGGGCCAUCCUGGAACCCCAGGUUUGGUGGGAAGCCCUGGAGAGCCUGGACCUCUGGGUCCUCCAGGAUCUCGAGGCCCACCAGGCAUGCGGGGAGCAAAGGGACGCCGGGGACCCCGAGGACCGGACGGACCAGCUGGGGAGCAGGGGUCCAAGGGCCUGAAGGGCCCGCCAGGACCACAGGGCAGACUGGGCCAGCCCGGGCAGCAGGGCGUGGCUGGCGAGCGGGGCCACUUGGGCACGCGAGGCUUUCCUGGCCUCCCGGGUCCCUCUGGUCCCCCAGGCGCCAAAGGCCUCCCAGGAGAACCGGGCCCUCAGGGACCCCAGGGGCCAAUUGGCCCUCCAGGAGAGAUGGGACCCAAGGGACCACCAGGUGCAGUGGGAGAACCAGGCCUUCCUGGGGAAGCUGGCAUGAAGGGUGACCUUGGGCCUCUUGGCAUCCCUGGGGAGCAGGGCCUCAUUGGGCAGCGGGGAGAGCCAGGUCUCGAGGGCGACAGUGGCCCUGCAGGGCCUGACGGGCUGAAGGGGGACAGGGGUGACCCCGGGCCUGACGGUGAACGUGGCGAGAAGGGCCAAGAGGGACUGAAGGGCGAGGACGGGCCCCCCGGCCCUCCUGGCAUCACUGGCGUCCGGGGUCCUGAAGGAAAACCAGGGAAGCAAGGCGAGAAGGGCCGGACGGGAGCCAAGGGUGCCAAGGGCUACCAAGGACAGCUGGGUGAGAUGGGCGUCCCUGGAGAUCCUGGACCCCUUGGCACCCCAGGCCCUAAAGGGUCCCGGGGCAGCCUGGGACCAACGGGUGCUCCAGGACGGAUGGGGGCCCAAGGAGAGCCGGGACUGGCUGGUUACGACGGACACAAAGGCAUCAUGGGACCCCUCGGACCUCCUGGACCCAAGGGUGAAAAGGGGGAGCAGGGCGAGGAUGGCAAGGCUGAGGGGCCCCCCGGACCACCUGGAGAUCGGGGCCCCGUGGGUGAUCGAGGAGACCGUGGGGAACCAGGGGACCCUGGAUACCCUGGGCAGGAGGGUGUACAAGGCCUCCGUGGAAAUCCAGGCCAGCAGGGGCAACCCGGGCAUCCGGGACCCCGGGGACGGCCGGGCCCCAAAGGAUCGAAAGGGGAAGAGGGACCAAAGGGAAAGCAAGGCAAGGCUGGGGCGCCAGGACGGAGGGGGAUCCAGGGCCUGCAGGGGCUCCCGGGGCCUCGGGGCGUGGUGGGGAGACAGGGGCCCGAGGGUGUUGCUGGACCAGAUGGGCUUCCUGGCCGUGAUGGUCAAGCUGGACAGCAGGGGGAGCAAGGAGAUGACGGGGACCCCGGGCCCAUGGGCCCCGCUGGGAAGAGAGGAGAUCCAGGUGUGGCUGGCUUGCCUGGGGCACAGGGGCCCCCAGGAUUCAAGGGUGAAAGUGGGUUACCUGGGCAGAUGGGACCCCCUGGCAAACGAGGGACAGAAGGUGGAAUGGGGCUUCCUGGGAACCAGGGGGAGCCUGGAUCCAAAGGCCAGCCGGGUGACUCUGGCGAGAUGGGAUUCCCAGGAGUGGCUGGCCUCUUCGGACCCAAGGGGCCCCCAGGAGACCUCGGCUUCAAAGGCAUCCAGGGCCCUCGCGGGCCCCCUGGAUUGAUGGGAAAGGAAGGUAUCAUCGGGCCCCUAGGAAUCCUGGGGCCUUCGGGACGCCAGGGUCCAAAGGGCGACAAAGGCAGCCGAGGGGACUUGGGAUUGCAAGGUCCGAGGGGUCCUCCCGGUCCCAGAGGGCAGCCCGGCCCACCGGGUCCUCCAGGGAGCCCUAUCCACUUUCAACAAGACGACCUUGGGGCAGCUUUCCAGACGUGGAUGGACACAAGCAGCGCACUGAGAGCGGAGAGUUACAGCCAUCCGGACCGGCUGGUGCUGGACCAGGGAGGGGAGAUCUUUAAAACCUUACACUACCUCAGCAACCUCAUCCAGAGCAUUAAGACGCCCCUGGGCACCAAAGAGAACCCCGCCCGGGUCUGCCGGGACCUCAUGGACUGUGAGCAGAAGAUGGUGGAUGGUACCUACUGGGUGGAUCCGAACCUUGGCUGCUCAUCCGACACCAUCGAAGUUUCCUGCAACUUCACACAUGGUGGACAGACGUGUCUCAAGCCCAUCACGGCCUCCAAGGUGGAGUUUGCCAUCAGCCGGGUCCAGAUGAAUUUUCUGCACCUGCUAAGCUCUGAGGUGACGCAGCAGAUCACCAUCCACUGCCUUAACAUGACCGUGUGGCAGGAGGGCACCGGGCAGACCCCAGCUAAGCAGGCUGUGCGCUUCCGGGCCUGGAACGGGCAGAUUUUUGAGGCCGGGGGUCAGUUCAGUCCAGAAGUGUCCAUGGAUGGCUGCAAGAUCCAGGAUGGCCGCUGGCAUCAGACGCUCUUCACCUUCCGGACCCAGGACCCCCAGCAGCUGCCCAUUGUCGGCGUGGACAACCUCCCUCCUGCCUCAUCAGGGAAGCAGUACCGCCUCGAAGUUGGACCUGCGUGCUUCCUCUGA